GUUACACUGUUGCACCAGUUUGAGCUUAGUGACCGAUGAGGGUGUGCUUUCUGAAGUUGCUAUCGAAAAGGUAAUUGGGAAGCAGAUGACCAGGCCAGGCUGCUCUACUGUUCCAAUGAGCAACCAUGGACCAGAUCACCUUUCAUCAUGAUACUGUCCUGUCAGAUGUUCACAUGCUCCUGCCCAAUGCCCGCCACCUUAUGAUACGCCUCAACAGUGUUGGACAGCCUGUCUUCAUCUCCAAAUUCAAGAUCUUCUCACAUGGUGAAAGUCUGGACAACAGUGACCCAGAGAAAGGUAUACAUGAGGCAGAGAAAUAUGAUGACCCAAGGGAAGACGAGGGAAAAGACACAGAAGGAAAAGAUGGACAGGAAGGUGUGGAGGGAAGUCUGGAAUCAUUCUUGGAUGAGGACGGAGACCUUGACAUAACACAUCGGCCAAGAAAAAUCCCUAUGGGGGGUAGUGACCGAGACUUGGUCUGUCCCGUCAUUCUCAAACAGUCCAACCCUUCACUGGAAGAAGAAGAGAAUAUGGACGAUGGAGUUCAGAGCUUCGAAGAUGUUAUAAGAAUUGAGCACACUAUGGCCACACCCCUGGAAGAUGUCGGUAAACAGAACCGUAACAGCCCAAGCAUUAGCUUACACAUGCAAGUCAGACAACGGCAAAUGGAAAGUGCUCAAGCCCAUCCACCCUGCAAAAUGAAGUCCAAAUCAGAGAGUGAGCACUUCAGCUUACCAGACCAGGUGUGGCGAGGGGCAUUCCUCUUGGGUGACUUCAUCCUCUGUAAUCCUGUCAUGUUCAGAGGAGUGACAGUCCUUGAGCUAGGAGGGGGAACGGGCUUAACCAGCAUCAUCACGGCAACCAUAGCCAAAACAGUGUACUGUACAGAUGUGGGAGAAGACCUUCUAAGCAUGUGCAAGAGAAAUGUGUCGUUAAAUAGACACAUUAUGGAGCCUGCAGGUGGUGAGGUGAGAGUGAGACAAUUGGAUUGGCUCCAGCAGGACCUUUGUACAGAUGCUGAUGUCGAGUUUAGCUGGACAGAGGAGGAAGUUGUGGAUAUGUAUAACAACACUAGCUUCAUCAUUGCUGCGGAUGUUUGCUAUGAUGAUGAUCUGACAGAUGGCCUUUUCCGAACACUGUACCAACUCUGCAGUAACUUUCCUCACACCUGCACAAUCUUCAUCUCCAUAGAGAAAAGGAUGAACUUCUCCCUGCGAGACAUGGAUGUUUCCUGUGAGGCCUAUGACCAUUUCAGCCACUGUCUGUCCCAACUCCAGGACCUGGUGGAUGGAAGAUGCAGCUUCAGAGUGGAACAGCUCCCUUGUAACUUUACACAGUGUCUUCUAUAUGAACGCAUAGAGCAACUGGAGCUGUGGAAGGUGACUGCCACUCCACUCACGAGACGAGUCUGAUUUUGAGCUGUUUUCAUCCUGACCUGGUCUCACAUCUGAGCAGCAUGAACACUGUACUCUCCCCAGAAUUUAGCAUACAGAGCUCCAAUUAACAGUUGAAGGUUUAAAUUGAAAAUCUAAAAAUGUGAGACAAUAUCACCUGUUCCUACAUAUGUAAAAUGAUAUAUUUUAGUCUAUUCAGGAUAGAAUCAGGCAAUGUUUUUAACAGUAGGUCAUUGAUCCAUUGCAUGAAUGUAGCAUAAUUUAUUUUUACUUGAUUCAUGCAUUCUUACAUGACAAGUAGCCAUGAAGCCAUUCUGAGGUAAUGGAAGUUCUCUACCUUUGCUAAUGGAAAGUCAAGUAGCACUGCGUGUGUCCCUUGAUGUUUGUACAGUAUGUCUGAUUAAAAACAAGGUUGAAUAAAUUAUUACCAUGGGUA